UAACAGUCACUGUCAUUCAUGUCAUUGUCAAUUGUCAUCUUAUUACCUUUACAUUUUAAAAAGAAAUAACGUUUUGUAAUAAUUUAUAUGGAAAACUACUUUAAAGGUAAAAAUGUCGAGGAAGAAAUGGAUCGAAAUAAAAUACCUAUCAAGGAUAUUCCUGAAAACUUCCUUUGGAUGCAGGUAAAAGGCGGAAGCAAAAUGACUAAUUUAAUUUCUCAUGCAUCUGGAAUACUUGAAGAUAAAGCAGCCACUGCUGUGGUAUGGAGUGGUGCUGGUGUUGCUAUUGCUAAGGCCAUCUCAUGUGCAGAAAUUAUAAAGAGACAGUUUUCCAUCCAACACCAAGUGACGAAAUUAACACAUAAAAGUGUUGAAGAAUAUUGGGAACCAAAAAUAGAUGGACUUGAAACAAUUGUUGUUAAACGUCAAAUACCUGUUAUACACAUAUUGCUAUCAAUUCCAGAAAUACCAGAUAUAAAUCAACUUGGAUACCAAACCCCUCAAAGUAAAAAGUUUUGGGAAAAAGUUCGUGGCAAUAAUUCUAAGCAGCAACAAUCAAACAAGAUAAAAAAGCCUUUCAAACAUAAGAAUGCUGAAACACUGGAAUAAUUUGCUAUUUGUUACAUUAUAAGGAAAUAUAAACUGUUAA